AUGGAGAAUAAUCCUGAGGGAGAAGGUUUCCAAAUGAAUUUGUCUUCUCUCACCCUUACAAGCGUUGCGUUGCGUUGCGUUGCUGAGACAUUCAAGGAAUUUCCUUCUUCGGCAUUAACCCUUUUGGACGUCCUCCUUGCAUUUGAACCCGAGGGCCGGGGAUCAGCUUCUUCUGCGAUUCAAAGCGAGUUUUUCACAGCGAAGCCUCUUCCCUGUGAUCCGUCAAGUUUGCCCGAGUAUCCACCUAGCAAAGAGCUUGAUGCCAAACUCCGAGAUGAGGAUGCAAGAAGGCAAAGAGCAGCUGCUGGUAAGGGACGUGAACUUGAAUCUUCUCGAAAGGGUUCCAGAGGAUUCAAAGCAGCGCCUGUGCUAGAAGCUAAUGCUGAGUUGCGGGAGUCCAUACAGAAGCAAAAAGAGCAGUCACACCCUAAAAGCAAGAGUGAGAAAUACAAUCCUGAAGAAGAUGGCGGUUCUGGCUUUCCUAUUGGACCUUCUGGAGGAACAUCAAAAAAUAGUUUCUCCAGUUCUUGCCAAUCAAUUAAACCUGGUACAGAGUGGAGGCCACAAGGAUCUUUCAAACCUCAGGGAGCAGAAGGCCAAUUGUCCAAGCUUUCCAAUUCAGCAACAGUUCGAGGUAGUUCACGGUCAGGUCUUAGCAGAGAGACAAAUGCCUAUCCACACUGGCCAGAGGAGCCCCUGAAUGCCAGAUAUAACCAGCUGGAUGGUGCGGAAUCAUCUGAAAAUCUUGAAUGGUCCCAUCAUUUACUGGAUGGACCAAAUUCUUCUCAUAAGAAUGAUGAACGGACAUCUGGAAAGGUUUUUUCUCCCAAGAAGAAUCAGAUCCACUACUCAGGACCAUUGUUUCCUCUGGGUGGAAACAUCGAGGAAAUGCUCAAAGAACACGAGAAACGGGUCCAGCAUGCUGUCCGUAAAGCCUGUCACGACAAGACCAAGAGCAAGAAAAAGUACCGUGACAAUGGACAAACUGAAUCGCUGCAGCACCGUGGAAUAAAUGGCCAAUGA